AUGUUUGCUCGAAUAGUUGUUUGGUUGUUUUGUUUUGACCAACUCGCCGCCUUGAAGGAAUUUAAGAGAGCUUUUCAAGCUGGUGAUGUCAUGCUUGGAGGACUCACAGUGUUACAUCACAAGGAUUCUAACGACAAAUGCGGCGUAGACAUCUUUCCCGUUGGUUUCGGUCACGCUGAAGCAAUGAUCUUCACGAUCGAACAAAUCAACAAUGACCCUUCAUUGCUUCCGAAUGUUACUCUCGGCUUUGACAUCCGUGACUACUGUGAAACUGUGUCUAUUGCUGUUAAAGAAACAUACGAGUUUGUGCGAGAUGCAGAUUUGUAUCAUAUGUAUACGAACAGAAAUUUAAGCAUGGAUAACGAAACAACUUCUUGCUACAGCAAAGAUGAUGUUGCUCCUGUUUCUACAAUAAUUGGACCGGACGACUCAGCCAGCUCUGUUCAGAUUUCGAAUCUUCUCAGCAUAGCCAAAAUCCCAAUAAUAAGCUUUGCUGCGACGAGUGACGAGCUUAGUUCCGAUCAAUAUCCAUACUUCUUAAGAACAGUUCCGCCUGACAGGCAACAAGCGAAAGUACAGGCAGAUCUGUUUGAAUAUUUCAAAUGGACAUAUAUUGGUACAGUAGCUCUGGAUGAUUCUUACGGGCGGUUUGGCGUCUCUGCGUUACAGAAAGAGGCGUAUAAUCGAGGAACCUUUUGCUUGGCCUUUUCAGAGUUUAUUCCGCGUCUUCGUGCUGCCACUGAUAUUAGACAGAUUGUGUCACGCAUUAAACAGCAGAGCAAUGUCAAAGUCAUUGUGGUGUGGGUCUUUGGAGGAUAUGCGAAGCUGUUCUUUAAGGAAGUUCACAGGCAAAAGCUUGGGAAACGGACCUGGAUUCUCGGUGAUGGAACGAGUACAGAGGAUAGCGGACUGCUGGGACCGUAUUUUCGUCUACUGGACGGCGCCCUUGGCGUUCAGCCACGUGAUCGCAAAGAUAAAACUUUCCUGAACUACUUGUACUCUAUAACGCCGAAUAAAACUCGUUUAGGAAGGAAUCCGUGGUGGGAAGAAUUCUGGAAAAAAUUUCGGAAUUGCACCCCUGACGCAGACAGCGCAGCCGACCCACAGUGCGCUAAUGUACCUUUGUCACCAAAUGAAGUUUCCAUACUGUUCGACCCUUACCUUGGCUACCUUAUAGACGCCGUCUUUGCCGUGGCAUUCGCACUAGAAAAGCAAUUUAGUUGUCGCACUUUAAACCGCGAACUUUCGGGGGAAGCAUGCUCUGAUGGAAAGCCAUUGACAACUGACGGAAAGGAUCUGUUGUCCCACUUGAAAAGUGUCAGUUUUAAAGGACUCACUGGCGUCGUAGAAUUUGACCGCGAAGGUGAUCCCAAGAAUUCUUUCUUUGAAAUUGUGAACGUCCAAAUAAAUAGCAAUGGAGAUUCAAAGAAGGCCUUGGUAGGAUCCUGGAAUAGUAAUAAGAAGCCAAGGUUGGUGCUGAACGACUCCGUGAUCAAAUGGGCAAACGCUACUUUUACUACAAAGGUACCGUCCUCAUUCUGCAGUCAAGUGUGUCCCCCCGGAACUAGGCAAGAGGUAACCACUUCAUGUUGUUGGAAGUGCGUUACAUGUCCGGGGGGCACAGUCAGCAAGUCGCCUGGAUCUACCGACUGCACGGAGUGCCCGCGUAAACAAAAGCCGAACGAUGAUAGAACCAAAUGCGAAGAUCUGCCAGUGAAAAACCUUCACUUCAGAGAUGCAGCUGGUGUAAUCCUUUCUUGCGCGACAGCAUUAGGAUUUUGCAUGACCGUGGCUAUGUUACUUGUGUUUGUAAAAUACCGCGAGACACCAAUUGUGAAAGCCUCGAAUAAACAGCUCAGUUUUCUCCUUCUUGCUACAAUCUUCUCCAGUUUUACUCUGGCGCUGUUGAGCAUUACAAAGCCAACUGAUUCUAUAUGUCGCUUGAUUCAGUUUUCUCGGUAUGCAAUCUACACCACUUUUGUAUCCAUAUUGUGGCUGAAGUCAGUUCGCAUUUUCGUCCUUUUCCAAGUCGACAGUUCAGAAUUGCCCUUCCAAAGUUAUAUUUCAAGGGUGAAAUACCAAGUCGGUUUGGUUGCUCUAGUGAACAUUGUUGACAUCGUGCUGUUAACCGCGUGGUUCGCUUCGGAUCCGCCAUACAGAAAGGAGAAGAUACAACUGACCCAAUUCAUCUUCUACACGUGUAAACUGUACGGGUCGUCGGUCGGAAAAGCGUUAUAUUUCAUGGUCUUUUCGUAUGUGUUGUUGCUUUCAUUGCUUUCGUCUUUUUAUGCAUUCAAAGUUCGCAAAGUGCCAGAUAAUUUCAACGAGGCGCGCUUCAUCGGCUUCUCGCUUUACAUAAUUUUGUUGUCUGCACUGUGUUAUUACUCGGUGGAUUUCUCAGUGCAGGAUGCUUGGUAUGUUUCUGUUAUAGCCUGCAGCACGACACUAGUUGAUUCGUUUGGCCUGCUUGGUUGCAUGUUUAUUCCUAAAGCUUUCAUUAUUUUGUUCCGUCCUGAAAAAAAUAAGAAAGAGCUCAUAGGGGCUCAGAUCACUGCGUACGUUCGUAAGAACACGCAGUUAGCCAAUGUGAAUACGCGUGAUAGCAGAUCAGAGAUCAACCAUAUCUGCCAAAGCAGCUCAAGUAUCGAUGUUUCGAAACUGACUGAUAUUCAUUUUAGCUUCUUCACGAUGUUUGCUCGAAUAGUUGUUUGGUUGUUUUGUUUUGACCAACUCGCCGCCUUGAAUGAAUUUAAGAGAGCUUUUCAAGCUGGUGAUGUCAUGCUUGGAGGACUCACAGUGUUACAUUACAAGGAUUCUAACGACAAAUGCGGUGUAGACUUCUUUCCCGUUGGUUUCGGUCACGCUGAAGCAAUGAUCUUCACGAUCGAACAAAUCAACAAUGACCCUUCAUUGCUUCCGAAUGUUACUCUCGGCUUCGACAUCCGUGACUACUGCGAAACUGUGUCUGUUGCUGUUAAAGAAACAUACGAGUUUGUGCGAGAUGCAGAUUUGUAUCAUAUGUAUACGAACAGAAAUUUAAGCAUGGAUAACGAAACAACUUCUUGCUAUAGCAAAGAUGCUGUUGCUCCUGUUUCUACAAUAAUUGGACCGUACGACUCAGCCAGCUCUGUUCAGAUAGCGACUCUUCUCAGCAUGGCCAAAAUCCCGAUAAUAAGCUUUGCUGCAACGAGUGAAGAGCUUAGUUCCGAUCAAUAUCCGUACUUCUUAAGAACAGUUCCGCCUGACAGGCAACAAGCGAAAGUGCAAGCAGAUCUAUUUGAAUACUUCAAAUGGACAUAUAUUGGUACAAUAGCUCUAGAUGAUUCUUACGGGCGGUUUGGUGUCUCUGCGUUACAGAAAGAGGCGUAUAAUCGAGGAACCUUUUGCUUGGCCUUUUCAGAGUUUGUUCCACGUCUUCGUGCUGCCACCGAUAUUAGACAGAUUGUGUCACGCAUUAAACAGCAGAGAAAUGUCAAAGUCAUUGUGGUGUGGGUCUUUGGAGGAUAUGCGAAGCUGUUCUUUGAGGAAGUUCACAGGCAAAAGCUUGGGAAACGGACCUGGAUUCUCGGUGAUGGAACGAGUACAGAGGACAGCGGACUGCUUGGACCGUAUUUUCGUCUACUGGACGGCGCCCUUGGCGUUCAGCCACGCGAUCGCAAAGAUAAAACUUUCCUGAACUACUUGUAUUCUUUAACGCCGAGUAAAACUCGUUUAGGAAGGAAUCCGUGGUGGGAAGAAUACUGGAAAAAAUUUCGGAAUUGCACCCCUGACGCAGACAGCGCAGCCGACCCACAGUGCUCUAAUGUACCUUUGUCACCAAAUGAAGCUUCCAAACUGUUCGACCCUUACCUUGGCUACCUUAUAGACGCCGUCUAUGCCGUGGCAUUUGCAUUAGACAAGUAUUUUAGUUGUAGCGCUUUAAACUGCGAACUUUCGGGGGAAGCAUGCUCUGAUAGAAAGCCAUUAGCAACUGACGGAAAGGAUCUGUUGUCCCUCUUAAAAAAUGUCAGUUUCAAAGGGCUCACUGGCGUUGUAGAAUUUGACCGCGAAGGUGAUCCCAAGAAUUCUUUCUUUGAAAUUGUGAACGUCCAAAUAAAUAGCACGGGAGCUUCAAAGAAGGCCUUGGUAGGAUCCUGGAGUAGUAGUAAGAAACCAAGGUUGUCACUGAACGACUCCGCGAUCAAAUGGACAAACGCUACUUUUGCUACAAAGGUACCGUCCUCAUUCUGCAGUCAAGUGUGUCCCCCCGGAACUAGGCAGGAGGUAACCACUUCGUGUUGUUGGAAGUGCGUUACAUGUCCGGGGGGCACAGUCAGCAAGUCACCUGGAUCUACCAACUGCACGGAGUGCCCGCGUAAACAAAAGCCGAACGAUGAUAAAACCAAAUGCGAAGAUCUGCCAGUGAAAAACCUUCACUUCAGAGAUGCAGCUGGUGUAUUCCUUUCUUGCGUGACAGCGUUAGGAUUUUGCAUGACCGUGGCUAUGUUACUUGUGUUUGUGAAAUACCGCGAGACACCAAUUGUGAAAGCCUCGAAUAGACAGCUCAGUUUUCUCCUUCUUGCUGCAAUCUUCUCCAGUUUUUCUCUGGGGCUGUUGAGCAUUACAAAGCCAACUGAUUCUAUAUGUCGCUUGAUUCAGUUUUCCCGGUACGCAAUCUACACCACUUUUGUAUCCAUAUUGUGGCUGAAGUCAGUUCGCAUUUUCGUCCUUUUCCAAGUCGACCGUUCAAAAUUGCCCUUCCAAAGUUAUAUUUCAAGGGUGAAAUGCCAAGUCGGUUUGGUUGUUCUAGUGAACAUUGUCAACAUCGUGUUGUUAACCGCGUGGUUUGCUUCGGAUCCGCCAUUCAGAAAGGAGAAGAUACAACCGACCCAAUUCAUCUUCUACACGUGUAAACUGUACGGGUCGUCGGUCGGAAAAGCGUUUUAUUUCAUGGUCUGUUCGUAUGUGUUGUUGCUUUCAUUGCUUUCGUCUUUUUAUGCAUUCAAAGUUCGCAAAGUGCCAGAUAAUUUCAACGAGGCUCGCUUCAUCGGCUUCUCGCUUUACAUAAUUUUGUUGUCUGCACUGUGUUAUUACUCGGUGGAUUUCUCAGUGCAGGAUGCUUGGUAUGUUUCUGUUAUAGCCUGCAGCACGACAUUAGUUGAUUCGUUUGGCCUGCUUGGUUGCAUGUUUAUUCCUAAAGCUUUCAUUAUCUUGUUCCGUCCUGAAAAAAAUAAGAAAGAGCUCAUAGGGGCUCAGAUCACUGCGUACGUUCGUAAGAACACGCAGUUAGCCAAUGUGAAUACGCGUGAUAGCAGAUCAGAGAUCAACCAUACCGGCCAAAGCAGCUUAAGUGUCGAUGUUGGAUCGCCCAUCUGCUUGAAAAUUCCAAAGCGUCAAGAGGCGGCACCUAUGAUGUCAAACGAGGGAGCGCCAGCGACAAGCAACUUAGAUGGGAAGAGAAAAAGGCGGGAAAAAACUGAAAUACAAAGAGAGGAAAACGGGGUGGUGAAAGGAGCGGAAGAAAAGGUCCGCGAAGAGAGUCCAAUUUCAAUCUGGGAACAAAUUUUAGAUCAAAAGGGAGAGAUCGCCCAUCUGCUUGAAAAUUCCAAAGCGUCAAGAGGCGGCACUUAUGAUGUCAAACGAGGGAGCGCCAGCGACAAGCAACUUAGAUGGGAAGAGAAAAAUGCGGGAAAAAACUGGAAUACAAAGAGAGGAAAUCGGGGUCGUGGAAGGGCGGAAGAAAAGGUCCGCGAAGAGAGUCCAAUUUCAAUCCGAGAACAAAUUUUAGGUCAAAAGGGAGAGGUGGAAAGAUAUCGGACCGUUGAAAUAGAUAACUUGAAAACCAACUCAGUUUUGAAACCGACUUAUAUUCAUUUUAGCUUCUUGACGAUGCUUGCUCCAAUAGUUGUUUGGUUGUUUUGUAUUGACCAACUCGCCGCCUUGAAUGAAUUUAAGAGAGCUUUUCAAGCUGGUGAUGUCAUGCUUGGAGGACUCACAGUGUUACAUUACAAGGAUUCUAAAGACAAAUGCGGUGUAGACAUCUUUCCCGUUGGUUUCGGUCACGCUGAAGCAAUGAUCUUCACGAUCGAGCAAAUCAACAAUGACCCUUCAUUGCUUCCGAAUGUUACACUCGGCUUCGACAUCCGUGACUACUGCGAAACUGUAUCUGUUGCCGUUAAAGAAACAUACCAGUUUGUGCGAGAUGCAGAUUUGUAUCAUAUGUUUACGAACAGAAAUUUAAGCAUGGAAAACGAAACAACUUCUUGCUACAGCAAAGAUGAUGUUGCUCCUGUUUCUACAAUAAUUGGACCGUACGACUCAGCCAGCUCAGUUCAGAUUGCGAGUCUUCUCAGCAUGGCCAAAAUCCCAAUAAUAAGCUAUGCUGCGACGAGUGACGAGCUUAGUUCCGAUCAAUAUCCAUACUUCUUAAGAACCGUUCCGCCUGACAGGCAACAAGCAAAAGUGCAAGCAGAUCUGUUUGAAUACUUCAAAUGGACAUAUAUUGGUACGGUGGCUCUGGAUGAUUCUUACGGGCGGUUUGGCGUCUCUGCGUUACAGAAAGAGGCGUAUAAUCGAGGAACCUUUUGCUUGGCCUUUUCAGAGUUUGUUCCGCGUCUUCGUGCUGCCACCGAUAUUAGACAGAUUGUGUCACGUAUUAAGCAGCAGAGAAAUGUCAAAGUCAUUGUGGUGUGGGUCUUUGGGGGAUAUGCGAAGUUGUUCUUUGAGGAAGUUCACAGACAAAAGCUUGGGAAACGGACCUGGAUUCUCGGUGAUGGAACGAGUACAGAGGAUAGCGGACUGCUGGGACCGUAUUUUCGUCUACUGGAUGGCGCCCUUGGCGUUCAGCCACGCGAUCGCAAAGAUAAAACUUUCCUGAACUACUUGUAUUCUUUAACGCCGAGUAAAACUCGUUUAGGAAGGAAUCCGUGGUGGGAAGAAUACUGGGAAAAAUUUCGGAAUUGCACCCCUGACGCAGACAGCGCAGCCGACCCACAGUGCUCGAAUGUACCUUUGUCACCAAAUGAAGCUUCGAAACUGUUCGACCCUUACCUUGGCUACCUUAUAGACGCCGUCUAUGCCGUGGCAUUUGCAUUAGACAAGUAUUUUAGAUGUAGCGCUUUAAACUGCGAACUUUCGGGGGAAGCAUGCUCUGAUGGAAAGCCAUUAGCAACUGACGGAAAGGAUCUGUUGUCCCUCUUGAAAAAUGUCAGUUUUAAAGGACUUACUGGCGUUGUAGAAUUUGACCGCGAAGGUGAUCCCAAGAAUUCUUUCUUUGAAAUUGUGAACGUCCAAAUAAAUAGCACGGGAGCUUCAAAGAAGGCCUUGGUAGGAUCCUGGAGUAGUAGUAAGAAGCCAAGGUUGGCACUGAACGACCCCGCGAUCAAAUGGGCGAACGCUACUUUUGCUACAAAGGUACCGUCCUCAUUCUGUAGUCAAGUGUGUCCCCCCGGAACUAGGCAAGAGGUAACCACUUCAUGUUGUUGGAAGUGCGUUACAUGUCCGGGGGGCACAGUCAGCAAGUCGCCUGGAUCGACCAACUGCACGGAGUGCACGCGUAAACAAAAGCCGAACGAUGAUAAAACCAAAUGCGAAGAACUGCCAGUGAAAAACCUUAACUUCAGAGAUGCAGCUGGUGUAUUCCUUUCUUGCGUGACAGCGUUAGGAUUUUGCAUGACCGUGGCUAUGUUACUUGUGUUUUUGAAAUACCGCGAGACACCAAUUGUGAAAGCCUCGAAUAGACAGCUCAGUUUUCUCCUUCUUGCUGCGAUCUUCUCCAGUUUUACUCUGGCGCUGUUGAGCAUUACAAAGCCAACUGAUUCUAUAUGUCGCUUGAUUCAGUUUUCCCGGUACGCAAUCUACACCACUUUUGUAUCCAUAUUGUGGCUGAAGUCAGUUCGCAUUUUCGUCGUUUUCCAAGUCGACAGUUCAGAAAUGCCCUUCCAAAGUUACAUUUCAAGAGUGAAAUACCAAGUCGCUUUGGUUGCUCUGGUGAACAUUGUCGACAUCGUGCUGUUAACCGCGUGGUUCGCUUCGGAUCCGCCAUACAGAAAGGAGAAGAUACAACCGACCCAAUUCAUCUUCUACACGUGUAAACUGUACGGGUCGUCGGUCGGAAAAGCGUUUUAUUUCAUGGUCUGUUCGUAUGUGUUGUUGCUUUCGUUUCUUUCGUCUUUUUAUGCAUUCAAAGUUCGCAAAGUGCCAGAUAAUUUCAACGAGGCGCGCUUCAUCGGCUUCUCGCUUUACAUAAUUUUGUUGUCUGCACUGUGUUAUUACUCGGUGGAUUUCUCAGUGCAGGAUGCUUGGUAUGUUUCUGUUAUAGCCUGCAGCACGAUACUAGUUGAUUCGUUUGGCCUGCUUGGCUGCAUGUUUAUUCCUAAAGCUUUCAUUAUCUUGUUCCAUCCUGAAAAAAAUAAGAAAGAGCUCAUAGGGGCUCAGAUCACUGCGUACGUUCGUAAGAAUACACAGUUAGCCAAUGUGAAUACGCGUGAUAGUAGAUCAGAGAUCAACCAGAUCAGCCAAAGCAGCUCAAGUAUCGAUGUUGGGUCGAAGAACUAGACUGAUGGCUCCAUUAAGGAAACUCUAAUCUAAAUUCUCAGAACUAAUUUAUGUGUAAACUCCUCUUUACAUUUCCUAAACCACAUACAGGAAAUAUUGACGAGAGAAGCUUAGUUUUUUAUCUGAUUAGUGUUAAUUUGAUGAAAUACCAACAUAUUCAACCUUUUUUGUAAGAAAUAUGUUGUUUGACGAUAGUUGAUAUUUUUUAAGUGGGCUGCUUAAGUGUAGACCGGUUUAUUCCUAAAGCUUUUUAUAUCCUGUUCCAUUCAGAUAGAACUAAGAAAGCGCUGAAAAGGGUGCAGAUCAGCGCGCACGUUUGGCGUAACACACGCGCAAACAUGCGGUGAUAGUUUUCAUCCAAGCUGACACUGUAAAGGAAUCAGCUUUGUAAUUGAGUAUGGCAACAGUAACCGCUUUUAAAAGCGUUAGUCUAGCAACUUAGAAUUUCAAUUAUUUUUGCCUUUCUUUUUUUUGUACCUUUUAACAUCAUCGUGUGAUUUGGAUAUAGAGGUCAACAAUGAAAUAAAUAGCUCUUGCUGUUUUCGUUACGGUUGAUAUUGUUGUUGUUAUCGUUUUUUUUAACGUUAGUUAUGAUUUUUGUUUGUUUCAUAUUUGAAAGGGCGGGGCAUGGAGACGAAAUAUAACUUUGAUAGAGAAAU